CUAAACUAGUAAUAAGGUUAUCUGUAGUGUUACCUUUACCUUAAUUUGUUAAACUUAAUAAACACCAACAAAAACCAAAACUUCUCUGCGACCCCAAAAGUUCACUUUCAGCUCAAGCUUAUCUCACUUCGCACCAUCUCUUCUACUAUCUCUCGAACCCUCUGGUCUUUCCUAACUAUUUUUUUUAGAGAGAGAGAGAGAGAGAGAGAGAGAGAGAAAGUAAUUGAGAUGAACAGUGGUGAAGCCUUUGGAGCAAUGGAGGCGCAGUACAUAGGGAGACAUCACAGGCACGAACCCAAAGAGAAUCAGUGUACCUCUGCUCUUGUCAAGCACAUCAAAGCCCCUGUUCAUCUUGUGUGGUCGUUGGUGAGGAGGUUCGAUCAACCUCAGAAAUACAAGCCCUUUGUCAGCAGGUGUGUGGUGAAUGGGGACCUUGGUAUUGGGAGUGUAAGAGAAGUGAAUGUUAAAUCUGGGCUUCCUGCCACGACAAGCACCGAGAGGUUGGAACUUCUUAAUGAUGAGGAACACAUUCUUGGCAUCAGGAUUGUUGGCGGCGAUCACAGGCUGAGGAACUACUCUUCUAUCAUUACAGUCCAUCCAGAGGUUAUUGAUGGAAGGCCAGGGACCCUGGUGAUUGAGUCCUUUCUGGUGGAUGUGCCUGAUGGGAAUACCAUGGAAGAUACACGUUACUUUGUCGAGGCGUUGAUCAGGUGCAACUUGAAAUCCUUGGCUGAUGUCUCUGAGAGGAUGGCCGUGCAGGACAGAACUGAACCCAUCAUCCAAUAGUGAAUUUGGGGAUGGGGUAGAAGUGUGGCAGACUACAUUUAUACCUCCAGAUGAAGACUUUCAGAUCCUUAUGCUGUGUAGAGAUUGACAGGAGAUGUCCUUCCAUGUUCUCAGAAGUUUUGGAUACAUUGCUGGCUGUUGCUUUUCCAUCUCAUGGGAACCAUUCCACUCUUUCCUAGUGCUUUUUCUUGUUUGUUUGUUGGGAUUUCUCUUUCAAUGUCCGAGGAUGAGGUACCUAAGUUUUCAGUGUUCUCCAUGAAUGGAUGUGGGAAAGUUCCUUUUACUGUUAUAUUUUUUGGGUUUUGUGCAUGGUGGUACUAAAUGCGACUAUGGUUAUUUGUAAAUACUAAUAUUGGAAAGAAUUGUCUUAUGGAUUAUGGAACCCCGGAAUUUCAUGUUGUAGUUGUAGUUGCAGUUUAUAGGUGCAGGGAGGAUUGAGGAGAGAACCUUUGGGAAAGUUCCUUUUACUGUUAUAUUUUUUGGGUUUUGUGCAUGGUGGUACUAAAUGCGACUAUGGUUAUUUGUAAAUACUAAUAUUGGAAAGAAUUGUCUUAUGGAUUAUGGAACCCCGGAAUUUCAUGUUGUA